GGGUGUGCAGAUCCCGAGACGGCUCCCCCUGCCAAGCCUGAGUUGCGGCUGCCUCAGGGCGGGGGCGAGGGUACCUAGUUGAGAGGGCUGCGGGUAGGGUGACGUCAGGGUGAGUGGGAGCCAAGGAAGAAGCGAGUAGAAGACAGGGAGCGAGAGAGAGGCAGGACCGGCGGGCCGGGUCGAGAGAAGCAAGAGCAGGAAGGAGAGAGGGGGGAGGAAGGAGAGAGAAGCCGCUGCGGAGGAAGGCAGGCUGCGGGUUCCCGGGGCUGCAGCUCCAGGUGGAGUAGGAAUUGCUGUCCAGAAAAGCUAGAAGGAAAGGACAGAGAGAAAGACAAAGCAAAAAAAAAGGGGGGGGGGGCGAGUGGAGGGAGGAGAGGAGAAGCGGAGACUGCAGGAAGGGAAGAGAGGAGAGGGAAGAGGGCGUUAGAGGGAGAGGAGUGGGAAGGAGAAAGAGGGAGAAGAGAGAAGAACAGAAAGGUUAGAGGUGUAUGAAGGAGGGGAGAGGGAACAGAGGGAGACACACGGAGGAGAGGGGACCCCAGAAGGAGAGAGAGAACCAAGUGGAAAUGUGGAAAGGAGACAGCCUAGGGGGGAACCAAGGAGCAGCUGUGGAGGGGACUGAUGGAGAGCUGGGAGGACAGGGGAACCCGGGCCUGGGGGACACACCAGAACUCUUGGCCAGGGCCUCCCUGCCCAUCAUGCCCCUAUGGCCACUGCCCCUGGCCUCUUCAGCCCUUACCCUGCUCCUUGGAGCCCUCACUUCUCUUUUCCUCUGGUACUGCUACCGCCUGGGCUCCCAAGACAUGCAGGCCCUGGGGGCUGGGAGCAGGGCUGGUGGUGUUAGUGGUGGGCCUGGAGGGUGCUCUGAGGCUGGCAGGCCAAGCCCAGGGAGCACUGGAGACCCUGGGGAAGGACGCAGGAUGGAAGGCCUAGUGAGCCGUCGGCUUCGAGCCUAUGCCAGGCGCUACUCCUGGGCUGGGAUGGGCAGGGUGAGGCGGGCAACUCAGGGAGGACCAGGCCCUGGGGGAGGGCUGGGGGCCCUGGGUAUUCAGCGUCCAGGCCUGCUUUUCCUGCCAGACCUGCCCUCAGCCCCUUUUGUGCCACGGGAUGCCCAGCGGCAUGACGUGGAACUCCUGGAGAGCAGCUUCCCUGCGAUUUUGCGUGACUUUGGGGCUGUAAGCUGGGACUUUUCAGGGACUACCCCUCUGCCUCGGGGCUGGUCCCCGCCCCUGGCCCCUGGGUGCUACCAACUGUUGCUGUACCAAUCAGGGAGGUGCCAACCCAGCAACUGCCGCCGGUGCCCAGGGGCCUAUAGGGCACUGAGGGGGCUGCGGAGCUUUAUGAGCGCCAACACCUUCGGCAAUGCUGGCUUUUCUGUCCUCCUGCCUGGGGCCCGGCUUGAGAGCCGCUGUGGGCCCACCAAUGCCCGGGUCAGAUGCCAUCUGGGCCUGAAGAUCCCCCCUGGCUGUGAGCUGGUAGUUGGUGGCGAGCCCCAGUGCUGGGCUGAAGGGCACUGUUUACUGGUGGAUGACUCCUUCCUGCACACAGUGGCGCAUAACGGAUCCCCUGAAGAUGGGCCUCGAGUGGUCUUCAUUGUGGACCUUUGGCAUCCCAACGUGGCCGGGGCUGAGCGCCAGGCCCUUGACUUUGUCUUUGCACCAGACCUUUGAAGGGAGGUGUUUCCUUCAGACACCCGGGCUGGAGAGAUGCUGCACUCAAGGAUGGCUUGAGUGGUAGCCACUGCAGGGGUGGGGUGAACCCUGAGGGUGGGGACCAGAACUGGCCAGCAAGCACGAAAUACAGAUUUUGAAUCCUC